UCUCUCUCUCUCUCUCUCUCUCUCUCUCUCUCUCUCUGUUCGCGUACUUCAUCUACCACGCCUGGUUAGUUCGGAUCUGUCCGCUGCCGGAUUUAGCAGGCGGCUCGGGGGAAUUCGCUGGCCUCAUGAGUUUAUGUUUGAUCUGGCCACUGGUUGUUUCGGUUAUGAGGAAAUUAGGUUGCACAGAUCUUUGACUAGUAUGUUUAGCAUAGAUGGUUUCUCUUGCUUCUUGGUGUUACACACACUUUCUUCUCAAUUUCGUGUCGCCACAUGUUGUUAUCCACCCCCCCCCCCCCCCCAAUUUUUUUGCUAUGGUACGUUGGUAGAUUUGACCGUGACGGUAGUGUUUAUAUGAGGAACGAUGGCUCUGUGCCUUUGUUCUUAGUCCUCUCGUGGUCCUUUCUUCCGUUUGUUUUAUAAUUUGCUGUUAAUAGUUUGUUUACCCGUUUCCAUGGUUAAAGCUUUUGUCAUUGCCCCAAGCAUAGGACAAUAUUCUUUACGCAUAUCCAUGGAUUUAAGCACGACAAAGUCCGCGGCUCGAGGUUAUUCUAGAUUAUGUGACACUGUUAAUGUUAAGAUAUCCUAAUUAGGUUGACUUUGGGGUGCAUCGUUUGUACAAACUUUAUUGGCAAAGAACCAAAAGAAGAGGAAACAUGGAAAUCGACCUAGCCCCUGUGUGUUUGAAAGCGGACUUGAUAAACAUAGUCGCAAGGCUUAGCUGGAGAUGUGGAGUAAACACGAUUACUCAUGUUAGCGUGUCCUUGCCCCCUCCACGACUGAUUCUAGCGCUUAUGUCACUGAUAUACAUCUUGUGUAUAUUAUGUUUCUAUGUUGAGCAAUUCAUGCUGUGCUUCGUUAAGCAUUGUACUUAUAAUACUUUUGUUUGCUAAACUGUACGGAGUUGUCAUAUGAGAAAUUGCAUACGAUAAACAGAGCAUGAAUUGGUCUGUUUAGAUCAUGCACUCACUGCUUUUCUUAUUAGACCAUAAAGAAUAUCCUGUCAGCUUCAUCCACUUCAUAUGAAAUUUAGCCCUUUUCCUUUACGAGAAUAUGAUGUAUUAUCCCGUGUAUAGCAAUUCUAGCCCUACUGAAAAACAUAUCAUAGGCUUCGUUAGUAAUAUGAAUUGCUUGAUUUGAUCAGGAUACCUCUAUGCUUUAGGGAGGCAUGAUGAAUAUUGAUGGGGAAAUUGGUGAGGCAUGAUACUUGUGCAUUAUAGAAAGCCAACCAGUCGACCUGUUUGUAUUUCCCAUUCGACAAGCCUGAGAAGCCAGCCGCAAGGUGGUAUUUACUUGACUUUGAACAUGGCUCAAUCAAGGAUGAUUAUUGUGGAGGAAGGACUGGAUACAACUCGGAAUUACUGAAGAUCAUGGAAACUAACCAAUCUACUCCUCGCAAGCGACCACGGAGAGAUCGGAACCGUGAGAGGGCACCCUGCUCAAACCCAACUGAAGUAAUGAAACAGGAGAUUUGGAGAGAGUUUCCUGAAGAUCUUUUUGAAACUGUCAUUGCAAGGCUUCCAGUUGCUGCAAUAUUUCGAUUCCGCACUGUUUGCCGAAGGUGGAAUUCUCUUUUGGGCUCAGACAAUUUCUCUCAUCAGUACUCUGAAGUUCCACAUGGACUGCCAUGGUUCUAUACAAUCACCCAUGAGAAUGCAAACAACAAUGUUGCAAUGUAUGAUCCUUCACUGAAAAAAUGGCACCACCCUUCUGUUCCUCUCGCUCCUACAAAAAUAGUUAUUCCAGUGGCAUCUGUGGGCGGCCUUGUUUGUUUACUGGAUCUCAGCCACAGGAAUUUCUACAUUUGCAACCCUCUUAUGCAGUCACUCAAGGAGAUCCCACCCAGAUCAGUGCAGCCAUGGUCAAGAGUCGUGGUAGGGAUGGUGCUGAACGGAAGAAAUUCUAAUGGUGGCUACAAAGUAAUGUGGUUAGGAAAUGAUGGGACUUAUGAAGUCUAUGACUCUUCAAUGAACACGUGGUAUUGUCCUGGAAUUUUUCCUCCAAAUAUCAAAGUUCCACUUGCUCUAAAUUUUAGGUCACAGCCUGUGGCGGUUGGCAGCACGCUAUACUUCAUGUGUGCAGAACCAGAUGGUGUUUUGUCAUAUGAUGUCAGCACUGGGAUUUGGAAACAAUAUGCCAUCCCACUGCCACUGCAUCUGACUGACCACACACUUGCCGAGUUCCAGGGGAGGGUUAUGCUUGUGGGUCUGCUGUGCAAAAAUGCAGCAACCUGUGUCUGCAUAUGGGAGUUGCAGAAGAUGACUCUCCUCUGGAAGGAGGUGGACAGAAUGCCAAAUAUCUGGUGCUUAGAAUUUUAUGGUAAGCACAUGAAGAUGACAUGCCUGGGCAACAGUGGUUUGCUCAUGCUCUCCUUGAAGGCGAAACGGAUGAACCGUCUCGUUACAUACAACCUUUUGAAAAAGGAGUGGCAGAAGGUUCCGGAUUGCAUGCUCCCAUGCAGCCGCAAGAAACAGUGGAUAGCAUGUGGCACAGCAUUUGAUCCAUGCCCCUCUGCCUUGACCUGACAGGUUCUUUGACCUUCUUCAGCCAAACAGGUUGAGGUUUUAGCCAUUUCAUAUCGUUGGCCUAUCUUUAGAUGUUUCUAUGGUUGUUGUGACAGGGUUCUCUGUUAUGUAAAUCCAUAUCACUCUGGUUGUUUUGUAUCACGCUGAAGAAAUUGAACUAUCCCGUUUGUCACCUGCUAUAAUUCGAGUUGGUACUACAUUAACUGAGCAAGACUACUUACAAUAUCUUAAGGUCAUUGUAAUCUUCAGUUCAAAUAGCAGGUAUCUGUUUGGUCUUGGUUUUGAGUUCUGUGUGUAAUGUUUCUGAGUGUGCAGUCAUCUGCCCAGAAUUGAGCUUAUACUCUAUAUACAUAAUUACCGGGGUUUUAAUGUGCGAUAUUAGUGCA